AUGAAGCGUGAACACACGGACGACGACAGAUUCGGCGGCUCGCGUAACUCCAAGCGUCAAAGAGCUGAUGGCUUCUCUGAAGCAUUGGCUCAGGGUAAAUUUGAACUUCGUAUUCUUGUGAGCAGCAAAUGCGCAGGAGCAAUUAUUGGUAAAGGUGGUGAAAACAUCAAACGUCUCCGCACUCAGUUCGAAGGCCAGAUCUCAGUUCCCGAUUCCAACUCUCCCGAACGUGUGUUGACAAUGGUCUGCGCAUCCAACCAGAUUGUUCGUAUCGUCGAGGAUAUACUUCCACGUAUUGAGGAUACUCAAAAUGAUCGCGACAAGUUCACGCUCCGUCUGUUGGUGCACCAAUCGCAUGCUGGUGCUCUCAUUGGCAGACAGGGACAGAAGAUCAAGGAGUUACGUGACAGGACCAAUGCCAGAAUCAAAGUGUUCCAGCAGUGCUGUCCUCAGUCCACAGAUCGAAUUGCCAUGAUCUCGGGUGAUGAACGUAAUGUUAUCGAUGCCGUGGAACAAGUUAUUGAAGAGCUUAAGCAGAUCCCGAUCAAGGGCCCCGUUAACCCUUACACCUCCUUCAACUAUGAUCCCGUACUGGCGCCCGACUAUGGAGGUUUCUCGCCUUCAUACGCGGGUGGAGGCCGUGGUGGGCCACCACUUAGUCCAUUCGGAUCACGUGGUCGUGCAGGAAUGGGCGGACCGAUGCCAAUGCGUGGUGGUGGUCUUGGAGGACCCGACAUGCGUUUUGACCGUGGUCUAGGAAGAGACUUUGAUGGUCCAUAUGGUGGACCAAUGGGCGGUCCCCCAUACGGUGGUGGAAUGUCCUAUGGAGGUUACCCAGGCGGAGGCUCAAUUCAGACAACCCAGGUGACGAUACCGUCGGAUCUUGGAGGCACGAUCAUCGGACGUGGUGGCGAUCGAAUCAAUAGAAUUCGCGACGAGUCUGGAGCUCAGAUUACGCUGGAACCAUCAGCAGGCCAGGAAGAGCGCGUGAUCACCAUCACUGGUACUCAGGCUCAGAUCCACGCCGCUCAGUAUCUUCUGCAGCAGUGGUCAGUGAGACAGGCUUUGAGUUUCUAUGGGGCGUGCGCCAAUCGGCCGCAGGUCGGAAGUAUAUCGAGCAGCAGCAAGGUGGACACCAUAGAGACCAUCGCUAAGCAUUGCGUCAACGAUCCAUGGAUGCUAUCCUUAGCCGGUGUCCUCCAAUCUGUCCCACUACUCUCCACCACUCCAUUGAGCGGUUUUAUCCGCGAUUUUCGUCUAUUCAGCGGUUAUUAUGAUAUUUAA